GUAGGAACAAAACACUGUCUAUUAACACACAAACUGUUACCCAAAGUUUCUCUCCUCUUUUCGUGCAAUUUCUAUGCAAAAUUCACAGUAUUUCUCCAUAAUCUGUUCAAUAGCUUCCUUGGUCAAUAAUCUGUAUUAUGGAGUCACCGAUGGAAGGCGAAGAGGAAGAAUUAUCCAAUUUUCGCCGACAGUCACUGACCGUGACAAACACUGACGAAGAAGUCAGAGAGCUUCCCGUCUUACAAAGAUUACAGUUUCCGUUAAUCUGGGCCAGGCUGAGCACUGGAAUUCGGAUACAAGAUCUCAAAGAGAAUCAGUUUACCGAUGCGAUUUCCGUUAUUAAGGCAAGUUUCUUUCAUGAGGAGGUACUCUGCAAGACAACACGCUUGGCUGAUGAUGAGAAGUCUGUGGAAGGAUACUUGGAGCACAUCCAUUACUGGAUGGAAGAUGGAGCUUCAGUAGUUGCAGUACAUGAGGGCUCUGGACUUGUUGUCGGUGUUAUGCUUGGUAUAGUCGUGAGUCGUCUCUUCCAUACAAGAACUUACAGCCGAAUAUGUCUGAUACAGGGAGAAGCACUAGAAAAACUUAUGAAAUACCAAUGGCACAUCCAUAAGAAGGCUAAUGUCUUUGAGAGGUUUAAUGUUGAUGACUAUUACCGAGUAUGUUUACUUAGCAUACUUCCAGAAUAUCGUGGCCUGGGCAUAGGAAUGGGGUUUAUGAUCACAGCAGAAAAGAUGACAAGACUCAUGGGCUUAACAGUACUGACAGGUAUCUUCACAAAUGCUUCAAGUCAAAACCUUGCUUCAAAAAUAGGAAUGGAAAAUGUGUUUGAGGUUAGGUAUAUUCAAUGGUUGGAAAACGAUGAGAUGGUGUUUCAAGAACCGGGGCCAGGAAAUUACUCAUCAAUAUUGAUGGCAAAGAAGCUAUCGUGAUGUGCUACCAUAUGCAGAGGUUUCAAAGAAAUGUAUUGAAAAUUGUGAUUUGAAAUUUAAUAUAGUCUGAUUUGUUGAUUUAAGAGAAGCCUAUGUAAAAUACUGCUUAAUAAUACUAUCUGUUUGUUUGAUAUUUAUACUUGUGCAAAAUGAAUAUGUGUGUAAAUGAGAUAAGAAAUGAUAUUUCUUUAUUGCUUCA